AUGUGGUGCUUAAUUAUAAAUGUAGAAGGAGUCGGUGAAAAAUCUUUCCAAGCUUGUAAAAACUAUGCACUAACUAUGCUAGAAUGCCAAAAUAUUUUGAAUCCUGAAAAGAGAGUACGCGUACCCAUAGAUUUGCUUCUCUAUCCUCAUAUGACACUCAUAGGAUUUCGUAAGAAUAAUGAAGAUCAACCUUCUUGGAAAUGCGGUGGGACAUUAAUCAGUGAAAAAUGGAUAGUAACAGCAGCGCAUUGCAUUGAAGACCCUGUAGAAGGUACAGCUAGUGUUCUUAGGAUCGGUACUGCGACCUUUGAAUUCGAUGAAGUUGAAGAACUCGCUCAAGAAAGAAACAUUGAUACAAUCAUUCCUCAUCCUGAAUACAGACCACCAUCAAAAGACCAUGAUAUAGCUUUAAUGAAGGCAAAACCAGCUUUCACUCUUAGUAGAGACAUAAGGAUAGCUUGUUUAAACCAAAAUGAUGAUUUAGGUGAUAAAAAACUUACAGCGAUAGGUUUUGGUAAAACAGUAUCCGUUGCAUCGACUGGUAGUGAAACUUUAAUGAAAGUCGACUUAGAUAUUAUUAAUAGUGAAAUUUGUAAUAGAUCAAUGCGAUAUUUGAUUAAGCGAAAAAUUUUACAGUUCGGUAUAACUGAAAAUCAACUGUGCGCCGGAGAUUAUGAGAAUGGGGGAAAAGAUACAUGCCAAGGCGAUUCUGGAGGACCGUUGCAAAUAAUGGACGAUAGAGUGGAUUGUGUGAAAUCUUUUCCCUUGCACAAAUUAGUUGGAAUUACCUCGUUUGGAAGAGACUGUGGUAGGAAAAUGGCGCCAGGAGUCUACACAAGGGUUUCCAGAUAUAUAGAAUGGAUUGAAAACAUAGUAUGGCCUGAUGAUGAAAUUCUAACAAUCUAUAAGUUUUACAAUAAA